AUGUUGGUGAGCGGAAAGCCCUGUACCAAUGGAAAAUGGGAGUAUUACAUUCGAGAACGUUUUGUAGGGAACCUUACAGUGUUAGAGCGUUUUGGAACCUGCUGUGAACCAUCUACUGAUCUACUUCUUGCCUGGAAUCCCGUUUGUUUGGGGUUGGUAGAAGGUGUUAUUGGGAAAAUUCAGCUUCAUUCAGACCUUCCAUGGUGGCUUAUUUUAAUUCGGCAGAAAGCGUUGGUGGGCAAACUUCCAGGAGACCAUGAGGUCUGUAAAGUUACCAAAAUUGCUGUGCUGUCCCUUUCUGAAAUGGAGCCUCAGGAUCUUGAGCUAGAGCUCUGUAAGAAGCAUCAUUUUGGAAUUAACAAACCAGAGAAGAUUGUACCGUCUCCAGAUGACUCAAAGUUUCUACUGAAGACCUUUACGCAUAUUAAAUCCAAUGUGUCUGCUCCUAAUAAAAAGAAAGUUAAGGAAAGUAAAGAAAAGGAGAAGUUGGAGAGGAGAUUACUUGAGGAGUUGCUGAAGAUGUUCAUGGACUCAGAAUCCUUUUACUAUAGCCUGACUUAUGACCUGACCAAUUCAGUGCAGAGGCAGAGUGCUGGGGAGACGGACCCCCGUCCCCUCUGGCAGAAGGUUGAUGACCGAUUUUUUUGGAAUAAAUACAUGAUACAAGAUCUUAUGGAGAUUGGUACUCCAGACGUGGACUUUUGGAUUCUCCCCAUUAUCCAAGGUUUCGUGCAGAUUGAAGAACUUGUGGUUAAUUAUAACGAAUCCUCUGAUGAUGAGAAAAGCAGCCCAGAGACCCCCCCUCAGGAGUCCACCUGUGUAGAUGACAUUCACCCGCGGUUUCUGGUGGCCCUCAUCUCACGCCGAAGUAGGCACAGAGCAGGAAUGCGUUAUAAACGAAGAGGAGUGGAUAAAAAUGGAAAUGUUGCCAAUUAUGUGGAAACCGAGCAGUUAAUUCAUGUUCAUAAUCAUACUUUGUCAUUUAUUCAAACACGAGGCUCUGUGCCUGUCUUUUGGAGCCAGGUCGGGUAUCGAUAUAAUCCACGACCUCGGCUGGACAAAAGUGAAAAGGACACUGUUGCAUAUUUCUGUGCCCAUUUCGAAGAACAACUGAAAAUUUACAAGAAACAGGUUAUCAUUAACUUGGUGGACCAGGCAGGCAGGGAGAAGAUCAUCGGCGACGCUUACCUGAAGCAAGUGUUGCUCUUCAACAGCUCCCAUCUUACUUACGUCUCAUUUGACUUCCACGAGCACUGCCGAGGAAUGAAGUUUGAGAAUGUUCAAACACUAACAGAUGCCAUUUAUGACAUUAUUCUCGACAUGAAGUGGUGUUGGGUCGAUCAAGCCGGAGUCAUAUGUAAACAAGAGGGGAUUUUUCGCGUCAACUGCAUGGACUGCCUGGACCGCACCAACGUGGUCCAAGCCGCCAUCGCACGGGUGGUCAUGGAGCAUCAGCUGAAGAAGCUGGGCGUGAUGCCCCCGGAGCAGCCGCUGCCGGUGAAGUGCGGCCGGAUCUAUCAGGUCAUGUGGGCCAACAACGGGGACUCCGUCAGCAGGCAGUACGCGGGCACGGCCGCUCUGAAGGGUGACUUUACAAGGACAGGAGAAAGGAAGUUAGCUGGAGUCAUGAAAGACGGCGUUAACUCGGCAAAUCGGUAUUACCUGAAUCGAUUUAAGGAUGCUUACAGGCAAGCUGUUAUAGAUUUGAUGCAAGGCAUUCCAGUGACAGAAGAUCUUUAUUCCAUAUUUACCAAGGAGAAAGAGCAUGAAGCUUUGCAUAAGGAGAAUCAGAGAAGCCACCAGGAACUAAUUAGCCAGCUGUUACAAAGUUAUAUGAAGUUACUGCUGCCUGAUGAUGAAAAGUUCCAUGGGGGCUGGGCCCUCAUUGACUGUGACCCCAGCCUCAUUGAUGCUACUCACAGAGAUGUGGAUGUGCUGUUACUGCUUUCUAACUCUGCCUACUACGUGGCCUAUUAUGAUGAUGAAGUUGAUAAAGUAAACCAGUAUCAACGACUAAGUCUAGAAGACCUGGAAAAAAUAGAAAUAGGCCCCGAGCCCACGCUCUUCGGUAAGCCCAAGUUCUCCUGCAUGCGGCUGCACUACAGACACAAGGACGCAGGCGGCUACUUCCACACCCUGAGGGCCGUGAUGCGCAACCCGGAGGAGGACGGGAAGGAUACCCUUCAGUGCAUCGCGGAGAUGCUGCAGAUAACCAAGCAAGCCACGGGGGCAGAUGUGCCUAUAAUUGAGAAAAAGCUUGAGAGGAAGAGCAGUAAACCUCACGAAGACAUCAUUGGCAUCAGAUCUCAAAACCAAGGCUCUCUGGCCCAGGGAAAAAAUUUUUUGAUGAGCAAAUUUUCAUCUCUCAAUCAAAAAGUGAAACAGACCAAAUCUAAUGUAAACAUUGGCAAUCUGCGAAAGCUAGGAAAUUUCACCAAACCUGAAAUGAAAGUUAACUUUCUGAAACCAAACUUAAAAGUAAAUCUCUGGAAAUCAGACAGUAGUCUUGAAACCAUGGAGAACACGGGUGUGCUGGAUAAUAAAGCUGACGCAGAGUCCGAUGGGGAAAUGUCUUCAGAUAAUGACUCCUACCACUCCGAUGAGUUCCUUACAAAUUCCAAAUCUGACGAAGACAAACAACUAGCGAACUCUCUCGAGAACGUAGGCCCGAUAGACUAUGUUCUCCCGAGCUGUGGGAUCAUUGCUUCCGCACCUCGAUUAGGCAGCCGGUCCCAGUCUCUCAGCAGCACGGAGAUUAGCAUCCACGUUCCUCCAGAGGGGGCCGCUCACGGAAGCGGUUUUGGAAAAGACCAGGAGUCUCCGUUGAAGAGAAGCCCCUCCGCCGACCACAUACACGCACUGACUGGCUUUGCCAAGCCUGUGGAUAGUUACUGCCGCAGAUUCGUACAAGAUGCACAGACCAAGAUGACCCGGCCGUCCGAGAUGGGGUCUGGUUCUCAGCAGGCAAGUGAGGAAGGAAACCCAGCGGCCAGUCGAGUUUCUGAUGAGGAGACGCACUCUGAGUCCACAGAGCUGAUACCUUCCCGACCAUCUCAGUUAGACGUGGCUUUUUCAGCAGCUGGCCCCCAGUAUCUGUCCGUUGAACCGGGGCUCCCCGUCGGAUCCCAGAAGAGCCCGGGCUCACGGGACCCGGAACCCGGCCUUCCCAUAACUCCUUCUCCGUCAGAGGGUGCUGGCGGCAGGGCGGUCUCCCCCUUCGCCAAGAUCCGAAGUUCCAUGGUCCAGGUUGCUAACAUCACCCAAGCUGGGCUGACCCAGGGGAUAAAUUUCGCUGUGGCCAAGGUCCAGAAGAGCCCCGCAGAGCCUGAGGCGGCCCAGGAAGUCCAGCAAAAUGAACUUAAACAUAUGUUUACACAAUGCCAGACACGAAUAAUUCAGAUUUAGUUUUUAGCCAUGAAGAAUCCUUUGGCGUUUCUUUAAUCCAAAAGGAGGUUUCACAUAUUAGGCAGUUUUAACCUUUGCGGUCUUUGAAGCUAGGGAUCACAAAUCCUAAUUGUCUUAUUGGGAAAGGUUUUUAAAGGAGUAUGAACUUGAACAGAUUUCCAGAUUCGAGAGCCAGAACAGUACAAGUGCGGCAUCCUAGAAGGGUGUAGACGUGAGCAGCUUGUAUGCUACAGAGCAGUUUGUUUCUAGAAGGAACUUGGGAAUAGUGACUUUGAGACAGAAUAACCUGAACGACCCUUCUUGGGAGCAAGGAGGGGGGUGGUGUGUGUGAGGUAAACACGGAAAGUCGGAGCGUGGAUACAUUUUUAGGGCAAGAGAAGAGCAUCUUUCAUCACUUUGGUUCUGUCACUUCCUUUGUGUAAAUACAUUUAGUUUUUAGUGACUUUAGACUUACUAGUACCAAGAAGCAUUUGACUAUAAAAAAAUAUAGUUGAGUUUUGAUGGCUUACCCAUGUCGUAUAAAGACUAAAUUGAGGGUUAUCGGCACUACAGUCAGGAAAGGUCCCUCUGAUCCUGAUUUUCCCCAGAGCCUACUUAAAUUUAAAAUAUUUUGCUUCCUUCUACACCCCAAAGUCUAGGAUUAAGACUGGUCACACCUGAGACAGCAGAUGUGAAUCCCAGCACCUGUUAAACUUCCGUUUUCAGGGCUGUGAGACCGUACAUUAGAGGCCGCGCGUUCUGGAAGCGGGCGUUCGAGUUGUAAUUGGUCCGGGAGGCGUUCGUUAACACCGUGUGGGCAGAAAAGCAUUAAAGGUUUGGCUGAAGCACAGCGGUGCUCGGACUUUGGACUUCUCAUCCUGACCACGCGGAACCCCAGGGCGGCCCGUACGCCAGGAGCGUUGCACACCUUGUCACAACUUCUGGUUUGUCUGGUGUCUUAGAGCCUUACUCUGUUGAAGUGAUUCUCAGCUGAACAUUAUGUCUGUUGUCACUUUGAUAAGUAUUCCCACGUCUGUUAUUUAUUAGUGGUGUCUUUUUUUUUGAAGUGUCCAAUCUUGUGACUAUUUAAAAUAAAAUACCAUUGUAAUUUAACGUGA